AUGGCUAUAAUGGACACCGCGACCCUUUUUCUUAAUAACAUCAGCGACAUGGGCAUCGUAGAGAAGAACUUGGAAGGCGGAAUGCAAAAAUCAUGGUGUACACAUCGAGAACUUACAUCGAAAUUCCUACAUAAGCCGGAAGCGUCCCCCUUCGCUAUAAUGGAGACACCGGAUGCUUACACCGGAUGCGCCUUAUUGAUUCUGUUCGGUUUGGAAACAGAGCGUGAAGAUUCUUUUCAACAAGAGGUUGAAAUUUUACGCAUACGUUUAUUGCUAUUACGUUUAAUAGCUUCAUUUGUUGAUCUCUUUCUACCAUCGAUUAGUCCGAAAUCUCGAAGUAAGUCUGGUGAAUUGGCAUCGAAUCAAGCCAGUAAUGCUGCUCAUACAAAUAACGAAGGUAGCAAUUCCACUCCAUGCGGCAAUAAAGAUGCGGAACUGAUUGAGUUUCUAAGUAAAGAAUGGCUGGAAUUGUUUAAUCGUUUGCGCAACGAAAAUUUGAAACCUUUACCGAAUCGUUUUCUAGUCAAUUUACUGCCUACACGUUUGCAUCUGCUCUUAGAAAUGCCAUAUGAAAAAUUCUUUAGCGAUUUAGUUCAAUUGGUAAUGCAAUUCUAUGUCGGCGCCAGUAGUCUAUCAUUGUAAUGCAAAUUACAAUGCGAUCAUGUUGUCCAGCUUGUAAAUUUUUGGCGGUAAUAUUAUCGCCGCAAGCGAUGAAUCUUUCGAAGAUGGCCUAUGGCGUAGACGUGAAUGGCAAAGCAAGACAGCAGCAAGUUUGGAAAUACUCUCGCUGUACGCUUUCAUACUAACAGCGCUUUACGAAAAGCUACAGACUUCGAGUAAAAUUAAACCGAAAAAGAAAUCAAAUUCCGAGACUGAAUUAGUGAUUAGCGAAAAGGAACGCUGCCAAAUGCUUAUAGAAUUAUUGAGACUUUUGAAAAGAGAAUUCCAACGCUGUGAUAAACUAAUAAGUAAGUAUUUUAUCAAUAACAAUAAGCGAAAACAUUGACUGAUUCCUGGAAUCGAAGCAUCAAGGUCC